AUGGUCAAGGACUCCAGAAACCGACACCGGAGCGAGCUGCUGGCCAUAAGGAUGGAGAUGACUGGACAAAUCAACGUGGAAGUGGACGCAGCACCACAGGAGGACCUGACAAGAGUCAUGUCUGAGAUCCUUGAGCAAUACGAGACCGUUAGUGCCAAGAACCAGCGUGACCUGGAGGCCUGGUUCCAGACCAAGACAGAGACGUUGAACAAGGAGGUGGCGUCCAGCACAGAGGUUCUCCAGACCUCCAAGUCAGAGAUUUCGGAGUUCCGUCGCACACUGCAGGGCCUGGAAGCCGAACUGCAGUCACAGCUCAGCAUGGUGAGCUGUAAUUACAAACAUCUGACCAAGGACCACAGUUUAGGGCACAUUACAUACACAACAUUCUGCAACUUUUAUCAAUAAUCAACAUUUGACUCUUUCAUCAUUCUCUACCAUCCCUCAAGUAUCUCACUUUCACCUGGAUUCUUAACACUAUCCCUCAAGUUGUUGUAGCCAGGCACCACCUCAUCAGCAUGCCUCUGCCUCAGCUCCUGCAGCUCCGGCCACAGCUCCUCCACCUCCACCACACGCAAGAUGGUGAUUGUCACAGAGGAAAUGGUGGACGGCAAGGUGUAGGCAACGAGUUAACACCAUUGAAAUAUAAUUAGUAGACUGGGUAUAGGAAAUGAGAGGCCAGCAUAUGGAAUAUUGCUGCUCCCCAUUGCUUUAUUCAUGCAACCUAAAAUACGUUUCAACUUCUACAAAGGGAAUAUUCACCUGAAACAACGAUCGUCAUUAUCUUUGUUUUUUGUUAAGGGCAGCUCUGUUUAACUCUAGUAUGGGGUGUCCAUACCAUCCUCCUAUUCUUUCUGGAAUGGCUCAAGCCCCUCAGACACCCAUCAUGGAACAUUGACUUCAAUGGGUUUUCUUUUCUGGUAAUUCUAUUUCUAUGGUUAACACCUCCAGAACAACAUAUUCUACUACAUCUGGAUGGGACACCAACAACAGACCCCAUUGUGAAUACAAUAAAGAUGCUCUGACUUGCUGACACCAUCA